UACAAAAACACAAAACAUGAAAACACUUCAAAUUUGAAAGCUUUCAACAGCCACAUAGAAAAACACAAAUAAAUCUCAAAAUUCUCAAAAAUGUAAUACAAAAUUUUAAAAAGCAACACAACACAAAUAUAAAUCGAUUAAAAAAAAAUAUGAGCUAUAGAGCUCACACCAAACGCUCUUUGUCUUCGUCAACCACCGCAAGCACACUCUUUCAAUCGGAGUUACUCUAUGUCACGGCGCGUCAUGAGCAGAAGAACAAUUUUGUUAUAUCACCAAUAGCGCUACGCUCUCUCCUGACAAUAAUCAGCAUCUCCGUCAUACGCGAGCCGCAUCGUGAAGUGCUCGCGGCGAUGGGAAUGAAGAGCUCACAUCAGGGCGUACAGGAGUACAAGGCCUGCCGCAAUGCCAACAAGGACGAGUUCGUCUUCACCAUACACAACGGCAUCUAUUUGGACAAUCGUUUCGAACUCGAUAUGUCAUUCCGCACCAACUGCAUGGAACAAUUCCAAACACGACCGGAGAAUUUAGAUUUCGAUCAGCUUGAUGGUGUAGCUCAACAUAUCAACACCUGGAUCAAUGAGCAGACAGAAGAUCGCAUUCGUACGCGCAUCGCAGCCGACACAUUGGACGUAACGCAGCAUAACUUGCUCAUAAAUAUUGCACGCUUCGAGAGUAGAUGGAAGAAGGCGUUUCCCAAAAAGUUUUUGAUGAAAAGCGAGUUCUGGUUAACACCCAACGACAAGGUGGAGGUGCCCAUGAUGCACGAUUACUGCGAUAUACCCGUCGGUGAUUUGGACGAACUACGAGCCACAGCACUGGUGCUGCCGCAUCGUAAUAUAAAUAUAAAGCUUAUCAUACUAGUGCCCAAGGAAAUCGACGGUUUGCGGAGACUCGAAGAGAAACUGCAGCAGCAACGCAUCGAUAUCACUGUAUUGCCGUCGUUGUUGAAUGUGAAAAACGUAAAAGUGGGCAUGCCACGGAUCAAACUGGAGUCUAAUAUGCUUAUGAAUGAUAUACUAAAAGAGGUUGGCAUAAGAACGAUAUUCAACGAUUGCAUAGAUUUUACGCGCCUGCUGACGGCAUUCAACAUCACGAAGAUAUCGCAAAUAAGGCAUAUAGCCGCAAUUGAAAUCAACGACGACGGCACGAACUCGUCAUCCUCUAAAGUGUCGUUUCUACUGACCGAAGUUGAAAAGUGCACCGAAAUUAACGUAAAUCGGCCAUUCUUCUUCGCUGUUAUAGACACUGAGCGCGUCUAUUUUGGCGGCCAUAUUACGAACACCCGAAAUUUCAUGGAUAUGUCAACAAACUGAGAUAUAAAGAUUUGGAAAUGAAAAUGGUAACUGAUUUACCGCAAGAAACUGUUUUUUUU